UCAUUAGAAUUGUUGUUGUCAGAUAUUCUUCAGAAUAACCAUCAAUUUUGGUGUUGUAUAGUUCUUGAACAUAUUGUUUCUAAAGCUUUUCCAAGUAGACUUUUUCGUUGGCGAGUUUACAAUCUUUUGGUAUCUUAUAGCUCUUGGACUUUUGGAACUGUCAUUUCUUUGGAGUUCGUUCCAG